AUUCUAAACAGGUUUUCUAAGUACCACGCAAACAAAAUAGUGUGUAUGAGGUGGGAAGCGCGAGUACCCAUCACGGUCACGGUGGCAUAAAAACAAAAAAACAGUUACGUAAGGCGAAUUUUAAUCGAAAACUAUAAAACAUAAAAAUCCCUGACCUUCUAUAUCGGAUCCAGAGACCAAAAUAAAUUUUAACAACUGUUCCUUCGCGGUUCAAUACGCGAAAUGUUUAUUUAUUCGGUUUAUUGGUUUUAGAGAGGAAAGGCCUGUAUGUAUUUUAGUGCAACAGAACAAAACGGUGGUGAUGUAGUGCAUUCGGAAUUGUAGUACGUUUUUCUAAUAAAAAGGUUAAAAGUUAAACCCAAACAAUCCUCCAGCAGCAAAGAUGUCCUCGAGCAGUUACACGUGCAUUCGAACAGUUUUUUGUUUCGUAAACGUACUUUUUUGGAUAACUGGCUGCUUCCUCGUGGGCGUAGGCGUAUGGCUCAGAAUCAGCUACGAAGGUUAUGCGACGUUACUGCCUCAAUACGCCCUCCUCAGUGCCGACAGUUUGGCCAUUUUUGUGGGACUGGUCACUAUUUUAGUGUCGUUUUUUGCUUGUUGCGGCUCUUGGCUUCAAAGCAGAUGCUUACUCAUAUCAUAUUUUUGUUUAGUUGUUUUAAUGUUUAUGUCCGAAUUCCUAGUAGGAUCUUUGGCUUUCGUGUACAGGGACAAUAUUAAACAUUCCUUUACGGAAAAAUUACAAGAUGGCAUUGCGCAUCAUUAUAAUUUGACACAAAGCCCAAACAAUUUGGUUAUUAUUUGGGACGAUAUUCAAUUAACGCUGAAAUGUUGCGGAGUUGAAAGUUAUAUGGAUUGGUAUUUGAUCGAUGCAUGGCCAGAUGAACGUUGGGUUCCGGAUAGUUGUUGCCUUCCUGCUGACUACGCCACUGGUUGUGGUAAAAAAACGACUGGUUUCUACCAAUCAGGUUGCAGGGAGUCGAUUUACAAGUGGUUCAAAGAACGUCUAUUGGUUGUUGGUUUAGUUGGGCUAACAGUGGCGUUCGUACAAUUGUUCGGUUUGAUUUCUUCAAUGUUACUAUUUUGCACUGUUAAAUAUCGCAGAAGAUCUCGAACGUAUAAGUCAUAUCAAUAAUCAUAUAGUAGUUAUUAAGUGUAUGGGUUUUAUUUAUUAAUGACUUAGUUUUUAUUUUAAAGCCAUUGUUUAAUUUUAUAUACAAUAAUAAAUUAUUUUGUUUUAAUUGUAAUAA